AUGAAUGCUUCUGACGCCGAGCGGCAGGACCUGCUGCCGGGCUCGCUGUCGGCGGCGGGAGGCAGCAGCGCCCCCCCCCCUGGCGGCGGCGACUGCCUGCUGCACAUCUGCCGCGUCUUCAACUUCCUCACCUCCGUCUGCGCCCUCCUGUGUGCCUUGGCCUUCGGCAUGUCCAUGUGGGUGCGGGGCGACGCCACAGUUAAGGACGCAUACUUCUACAGUGGCCAAGCGGUACGCGUGUUUGGUAUCGCCAUCGCGCUGCUCAUCGUACUGGUGGAGACUGAGUGGCACCGCUUCAUGCACCUGGUGCCGCUGCUGGACGCCUGGCUCGGGCGCGGCAUCCUGCAUAUCUUUGAGGCCACCCUGACCUUCCGGGAGGCGUAUCCCAGCGGUACCACCGACUUCCACAAGUCGCUGGAGCUGUACCGCUCGGCCGCCAGCCUGAGCCUGCUGGUGUGCGGCUCUGUGUACAUCCUGGGCGCGGUGACAUGCAUCGGCGUGAUAAAGAACGCCAAGCAGCGCCAGGAGCAGCAGGUGCAGCGUGCGGAGGCGGAGCUGGAGCGCAUGGAGCGGCGCAAGAAGGAGCUGGAGCGGCAGCUUGGGCGCCCGCCGCCGGCGGGCUUGUUCCUCUAG